AUGCUGUUAGGCUUCUCCCUGUUUCUUCUGCUUUACAGAUUUUCAACACUCAGGUUGAUUCAAUGCUCACGUAGCGAACCUAUCCCUCUAUAUAUGGACGAAUUGCUGGAUGCUGGAAGACGAGUGUAUGACAACCAAUCUCCCCCCAUACAAGAUGACGAAGACAAAGUCACUAAGGUGAAGCUAGCUAUGUACAUUGAAGGAAUGUCUUCUUUCCGCACCCAAACUAUGGACUUUCAACUUGAUGUUUACUUUCAACAGUUUUGGAAAGACCCACGUUUAGCACACAACGAAACAAGACGCAUAUUAAUAAGGGAUAAAAAGAUUUUGCAUAAGAUGUGGCACCCUGAUGUUUAUUUUGCGAAUGCUCGAACGGCCGAGUUCCAUGAGGUUACACAACCAAAUUUCUUAGUUUGGAUUGAGCCUGAUGGCUCAAUUCUCUUUGAUACCAGGAUCUCAAUGGUUGUUGUUUGCACUUUAAACUUGGAAAAAUGGCCCCUGGACUCUCAACGCUGUGAACUUCGAAUACUAAGCUAUGCAUAUACGACUUCUCAAUUGAUAAUUGAAUGGAUCGAAGAUACUCCUAUCACGAGAAAUCCGGGCAUAGCAAUGUCCGAUAUGCAUAUUGUAGACUUAUAUCCGGGAACCUGUGAUGGUAACUACUCCACAGGAACAUGGAGCUGUGUGACAGCUCAAUUUUAUGUAAAGAGAGAGAUAACUCAUCAUGUGAUGCAAUCAUACGUACCUACUACUUUAAUUGUUGUGAUAUCAUGGUUUUCCUUCUGGCUGGAUGUGGAAGCUGUACCAGCACGGGUUUCAUUAGCUAUAACAACUUUACUCACUUUAUCAACUCAAUCGAAUGCUGCUAGAAUGGCCUUACCAGAGGUUUCAUAUAUGAAAGCGAUUGAUGUCUGGAUGGGAGCAUGCAUGAUGUUCGUCUUUGGAGUUAUGAUUGAGUUUACUAUAGUGAAUUAUGCUCAAAGACAAGGUCGGAAAUGGCAUCGAUCAGACGCAGAAAUAGUGAUGGCUUCAUCAUUGGAAUCUGUGGCAGAGAAGAAACGAAGCGAACAGCUCAGUCAUCGAGCUCGAGAUAUCAUAGAUCGCUUGAAAGGGAAAGACCAUCAACAACUGGUAGAGGAUGAAUGCAUAAGGCUUAAUGGGAUUCCAUUCGACACUAUUAGUAAUGCGUACAGUAAUUCAUACUCAGAUGAUGAGCAAAAUCCCCAUCAGACAAGCCAAAGGAGAAAAGUGACGGUUGUUUCCGACACCGGAGAUAUUCCGAAAAUUGAAAUUUGGAGAAACAAAGAAGCUGAAACAGCAGAAAGACUAGCAAAUUGGGCAACAUUCGAUGAAAGACCCUCAUCUGCCAAGCAUCGAGGUAGCGUCUGGAGUCGAUUGAUUCCCAAUGGUCAAGAUAAAUCUCCUACACAUUCCAAUUAUGGAAGCACAACGCGAUCACAGAAUGGAGAAGUGAGGCCGGAUAAAUGGUCAUCGGCUAUAAAGCAGAUCCAAAAACACAAGCCUAGGAGGAGUUCUAUAUGGUAUUCACUCAAGAAAAUGGCUGGCAGAAACAGAGCCAAACGGAUUGAUCAGAAGAGUCGCUGGAUGUUUCCAUUAACGUUUAUAAUCUUCAACAUCACAUACUGGUUCUACUACUUGAUCUGGAAAGAAUGA